AUGUAUUCCACGGUAUAUUUAUCCCAAGAUUUAAACGAACGAGAUAUUGAAUAUGUUGUCGAAGAGGCUGUGAUAAAAAAACAAUGCCGAGUUCUUCAAUUAACAAGGUGCAAAGUGACAUCUAUCGGUGCCUCCAUCUUAGCUAAUACAUUGAACAAUACUGAGAAUAUUUUAGACGAACUUUUAUUAUUGGAUAAUCGAGUUGGUGAUGAGGGUGUUCUUCACUUAGCCAAGGCACUUUCCACAAAUGAGAACAAUUUAAAAGUAUUAGAUCUCACUCAAAAUAGAAUUUCAAAUGUUGGUGUAAAAUAUCUUGCUGAAAUGAUUCAAACUAAUGAAAGAUUAACUGUUCUUCGUAUCGCUGGAAAUGAAAUUGGUAAUCAAGGUAUUCAAAUAUUAAUCAAUGCAAUACAAUAUCACAAUAAAACUUUGGAAGAGUUGGAUUUUUGUACAAAUCAUUUGAUUGAUGAUGAAGUUGUUGAUUGUUUUAUUCAGUUAAUGAAACAUAAUCAAACAUUAAAGAGAUUAUUUUUAUUUAAUUGUAAUUUCUCUCAAAAUGGCAAAGACAAACUUAUGAAAAUGCAAAAGAAAAUUGACAAUUUCUGGUUAAUGGUGUGA